AUGUUCACGGUUCCUUGCAAGAUUGGGGAUGUCACUUUUAGUAGUGCUAUGCUUGAUCUUGGUGCUUCUAUCAAUGUCAUGCCCUAUUCGGUAUAUGAAUCAUUAAAUGUCGGACCCUUAAGUGAAACCGGUGUCAUAAUCUCUCUUGCGGAUAAAUCGAGUGUCUUUCCUAGAGGUGUUUUAGAAGAUGUGCUAGUGCAAGUGAACCAAUUAGUCUUCCCGGCGGAUUUCUAUGUGAUUGAUCUAGAUGAGCAAGUGUCCUCCAAAUCGGCUCUAAUCUUGCUUGGGAGACCGUUUUUGAAGACGGCUAGGACAAAGAUCGAUGUGUAUGCGGGAAGUUUGACAAUGGAGUUUGAUGAAUUGUUUGAGUUGUCUAACGGUGAUAUGUUGAAAAUGAUCUUGAGCAAAGGAUUCGAUUGUGGGAAGCUAGCCGAACAAUUAAAGCUUUAUUCUUUGGAUCCGGAAGUUGAGAAGUUGGUAAGUAAAAUGGAGAUGAAAAAAUUCACAAGAUUAGAUGUCAAGCAAAUUGAAUUGCCCCCAACUCACACAAAAUUGCCGCCAUCCCUUGUUCAACCACCCGAAUUGGAAUUGAAGGUCUUACCUCAACAUUUGAAGUAUGCUUACUUGGGAAAGAAUGAAACCCUUCCGGUUAUCAUUUCAACUCAUUUAACCGAAUUCGAAGAAGAGCAACUCCUCAAGGUGUUGAAGGAGCAUAAAGAAGCCAUGGGUUGGACGAUUGCGGAUAUCAAGGGUUUGAGCCCCUCCACUUGUAUGCACAAGAUCUUAAUGGAGGAUGAAUGCAAGCCAAGUAGAGACGCGCAAAGAAGGUUAAAUCCGCCAAUGAUGGAAGUUAAGACGGGAAUCACGGUGGUCGAGAACAACAAAGGUAUGAUGGUCCCCACUCGUGUGCAAAACGGGUGGAGAGUAUGUAUUGACUACCGCAAACUCAAUGCAAGCACAAGAAAAGAUCAUUUCCCAUUGCCUUUCAUUGACCAAAUGUUAGAAAGGUUGGCCGGGAAAUCUCAUUAUUGUUGUCUCGACGGGUAUUCCGGUUUUCACCAAAUCCCGGUGGCACCGGAAGACCAAGAAAAGACGACAUUUACAUGUCCAUUUGGUACUUUUGCCUACCGGAGAAUGCCAUUUGGAUUGUGUAACGCCCCGGCUACUUUCCAACGUUGUAUGGUUAGUAUCUUUUCGGAAUAUGUUGAAAACAUAAUUGAGGUUUUUAUGGAUGAUUUCACGGUAUAUGGCAACUCCUUUCAAGAAUGUUUGACUAACCUCACAAAAAUUUCAAAAAGAUGCAUCGAAACAAACUUGGUUUUGAAUUUUGAGAAAUGUCAUUUCAUGGUGAGUCAAGGUCUCAUUUUGGGUCACAUUGUGUCUAAAAAAGGAAUUGAGGUAGAUAAGGCAAAAAUUGAUGUUAUUCAAAGCUUACCUUAUCCGACUUGUGUUCGGGAAGUUCGUUCUUUUUUGGGCCAUGCAGGUUUCUACCGAAGGUUCAUCAAGGAUUUUUCAAAGAUAACAAGACCAAUGUGCCAACUCUUGCAAAAGGAGGUCGAUUUCGAGUUCAAUGAGGCGUGCAAGGAAGCUUUUGACAAGCUCAAAGAGUUGCUUACAUCCGCUCCCAUCAUGCAAGCACCAAAUUGGGAUCUCCCCUUUGAGAUCAUGUGUGAUGCAAGCAACUAUGCGAUAGGCGCCGUUUUGGGUCAAAAGAAUGGGAGGGCCUCCCACGUGAUCUAUUAUGCAUCAAGGACACUAGACAAUGCUCAAAGCAACUACUCUACCACGGAGAAGGAGCUAUUGGCCAUAGUGUUCGCCUUGGAGAAAUUUAGACAAUACCUACUUGGUACCAAGGUCAUAGUGUAUUCGGAUCACGCAGCACUUAAGUACUUGAUGACGAAGAAAGAUGCAAAGCCGAGACUCAUCCGGUGGAUCCUACUGUUACAAGAAUUUGACUUGGAAAUCCGAGACAAGAGUGGAUGCGAGAACCUCGUUGCCGAUCAUCUAAGCCGGAUCAUUUCAAAUGAAACUCCUCUCCCAUUGCGGGACGAGUUUCCGGAUGAGCAUCUCUUUUCCCUUACUCAAUCUAUUCCUUGGUAUGCCGAUAUCGUUAACUUUUUGGUCGCAAAAAGUUGUGAGCGGUGCCAAAGGACGGGAAACAUUUCGCAAAAGAACCAAAUGCCCCAAAACCCAAUCCUUGUUUGUGAAAUUUUUGACGUAUGGGGGAUUGAUUUCAUGGGCCCAUUUCCCGUCUCAUUUGGCAACGCUUAUAUUUUACUCGCGGUUGACUAUGUUUCUAAAUGGGUUGAAGCCAAAGCCACAAGAUCGGACGAUGCCAAAACGGUUAUCGAGUUUUUAAAGUCUAAUGUUUUUGCGAGAUUUGGUGUGCCUAGGGCUUUGAUUAGUGAUAGAGGGACGCACUUUUGCAACAAAAUGAUGGAGGCUCUAUUGAAGAAGUAUUACGUGACUCAUCGUGUCUCUACUGCCUAUCACCCUCAAACGAAUGGUCAAGCGGAGGUCUCGAAUCGUGAAGUGAAGUCUAUUCUAGAAAAAACGGUGAACCCGACAAGGAAGGAUUGGAGUUUGAGACUUGACGAUGCCUUAUGGGCGUAUCGGACCGCUUAUAAGACCCCGAUUGGAAUGUCGCCCUUCAGAUUGGUUUUUGGAAAAUCUUGUCAUCUUCCCGUCGAGUUAGAGCACCGAGCAUUUUGGGCGGUCAAGAAAUGCAACUUCGACGUAGACGAGGCGGGAAGGCAUAGGAAACUUCAACUCCAAGAGCUAGAAGAAUUGAGAAACGAAUCCUAUGAAAACGCAAGGAUUUAUAAGGAGAAAACGAAGCUUUUCCACGACAAGUCCAUCAUCCGGAAGAAUUUUGAACCGGGACAUAGGGUCUUACUUUACCAUUCACGGUUGAAGUUAUUCCCAGGUAAAUUAAGAUCAAGGUGGAUUGGCCCAUUUGUUGUAAUAAAGACUUUUGACCAUGGAGCGGUCGAAAUCCAAAGUGAAGAAACGGGACAAAUUUUCAAAGUCAAUGGGCACCGAUUAAAGCCAUUCUAUGAAGGUUUUAAUGCAAGUGUUAUUGAAAUCAUCCACUUGGAUGUCCCGGUGUGUUGA